AUGAAAUCUCUGAAUCCUCCUUUUCUUCAAGACAAGGCUGUCCUUUACAUCCAGCAUCAAAAGUUUCAGUUCUACACGUCUCUUUGUUGUCAGCAUGCACAUUUUAAAAAUGAAUGUGGUGACAGUACGAUGAGAAAACGUGCCACAGAAAACCAAGACAAACACGUCAUUGGCGCCGAAACAACCCAAUGCAGACAGAAUAUGAUCAAAGAACGUAGACAUCCAUGGACAAGUCCUUGUACUUUAACUGAAAUGUGCCGUGAAAAAAAACUAAAAUUGUUUAUUUCAUUAGCAUGGCACAUAAAUGGAGGGGCAUUAGAAAAGUCCAUAGUUCCACAUCAAUCACAGUACAAUGGUCUCCAAUGGAAGAGAAAAGCUGCAAUGGAGGAGCCAUUUAUCAUCUCUAACCACACCUCCACAAGAAGCACGGUGCGUGUGGUGCUGAAAGCUACAUCAGAAAUGGGAAUCAGAAUUGUGUGUGGAACUGCAUAUGUGUAG